CGAAGAGGGCGUCGUUUUGGCUUUGUUCGCAUGUCAGAGGUUUCAAAUGUGAUAGAAAUGGAAAGGAAAUUGAAUCAGAUAUGGCUGGGUUCCUACCAUCUUAAGGUGAAGGUGGCAGGCAGUAUGAAAAGAGGGAAGGAAGGGUCAAUGGUGAGACACAAAGCGCAGAUUGAGAAGAAAUGGAUUAAGAGGGACAACAAGGUGAAUCCAAAGGUGACUUAUGCACAGGUGGUGGCCGGGAAUAUGGCUGAAGUUGAGGAUAGAAAUUCUUCGGCUAAUGAUGUACGACAUGUUUCGACAUCAAAGGAGAAUGAGUCAAUAGGGAAGAGGAUUGCGAAGGAUGGCAUAAAGGCCAAAGUCUCAGAAGUGGUGCCGGAGUCAAGGCAUGACGGGUCAAUGAAGACAGUCUCAUUUGGGAGGGAUGCGAUGAGAUGCCUAUCAAAAUCUGAUUUGGUUUUAAAUUUUUCCCCUACGGAGGAGGAGGGGGCAUGGCUGAAACGAAGUUGGGGGGCCAUGGUGAGAUCUUUAGAUAUGGUGAAGCAAAUACAGAACAGAUUUAAUGUUGAUGGGGUUCGGGUUACAGUAGCAUUGUUAGGGGGUCGUCAGGUAGUUUUACUGGAUAAUUCAGAAGGAUGUCUUGAGGAGUUCAUAAAGGAUAAUCGGGAGUUGAUAGAUUAUUGGUUUGAAUGGAUUCAGCAAAGUAGCUUAACUACAAUGCCUCUAUUGAGUAGAUUGGUGUGGCUUCGGUUGACAGGGGUCCCUUUGAAAGCAUGGAGUGACAGAUGUUUCACGGAGCUAGGGGGGUUAAUUGGAGAGGUGAUUCUUGUGGAUGAGGAUACAAAGAGCAAAUCUUUCUUGUGUGAAGGUAGAGUGUUGAUAUUGAGCACGGAAAAAACCAAAAUUUCAACCAUAGUUAUGCUGCAGAUUGAUGGUGAAGUUUUUCCGGUAACAGUGGAGGAGGAGGAGUGGCGGAUGGACCCAGAUUGGUGGCUGGCUGGAGAACGGCGAAACCCGGCAACAGAGUCCGAUUCAGAAGCUUCCAGCGACGGUUACAAUAAUUGUGAGUUAAAUGAGGACGGAUUUCUGGGCGAUGAAGUCGCUGAUUUGGCCGAGGAUCGCGUAGCAACGGCUCUUGACGUGAAUGGAAGUUUAAAUGAGCAAGGAGUUUUGGCGGAAAAAGGAUCGGGUGAGUUGAUUAGGGAACAUGGGCUUGGAGGGAAUGGGCCGGGUUUGGAUAACUUGCGUGGGCCAGAACUUGUUGAGAAUGGUCUGCAGCUGGCCGAAGGUGGUAUGUUGGUGCCAGCUGGGUCGCAACAUGGUCGGUGGGAUCGGGUGAAGAAAUACAAAUGUGUGGAGGAGAUAUAUGCUGGGGGCAGGGGAGUGAGGGAACCGACAGAAACAGAGUUGUCUUGGGUUACAGAGAGAACAAAGCUCAGAAGGGAAAGAAAGGAAAAAGUUCAGCUGGCUGGGUCUCGGCAGGAAGUGCAGCGGGAAGCUUCUCUGUCCGAUGGUUGUAUUCAACAUAGAAACCAUGCUAUUCGGCAACAGAUGGAGGUAGAUGAAGUGCGCAGAUUAUUUGAGAUGGGGCAACGGUUGGGAGUUCAGUGUCAACAGAAUGAAGCAGAGGGGUUUAUUGGGAUUUCGGGGGAAUGGGGUAGUCAACAGCUCAGUUGUAAUAUGGUGAAUGUGUAUGCUCCUUGUGAUAAGAAAGAGAAGGUUUUGUUGUGGGAAGAGAUGGGGAGUUUAGUAUCGAAUCAGGGUGGGAGGUGGCUUUUAGCAGGGGAUUUUAACUCUGUUCGAAGUAUAAUAGAAAGGAAGGGGAGAUUAGGGGAGACUCAGGAUAUGGAAGAGUUUAAUCGGUUUGUGGAAGGGACUGGUCUUAUUGAUGUUAAAUUGUUGAACAGGAAGUUUACUUGGUAUAGAUCUGAUGGAAGCUUAAUGAGUAGACUUGACAGAUUUUUGUUAUCUUCGGAGAUGAGUAUGGUGGAAAGAGAUUGGACACAAGUUGGGGUUCGACGCUCAAUCUCAGACCACUGUGCUAUUAUUUUGAAAUCAAGAAAUGUUGAUUGGGGCCCUAAGCCGUUUCGAGCUCUUGAUGUAUGGCAACAACACCCAGAGUUUAGAGAUUUUGUGGUGGCUAAAUGGGAAAAUUUGCAGAUUGAAGGCUGGGCAGCUUUUAAGUGUCAAAAAAAGCUGCAAUUAUUAAAGGAGGAAUGCAAAAGGUGGAACAAGGAGGUGUUUGGAAAUGUGGAGGUAAGGUAUGAGAGUUUGUUGCAGCAAAUUGAGAUGUUAGAUAAAAAAAGUGAGGACACUGAUCUAAAUGAGAGUGAGGUGUUGUUACGAAAGGUGUGUUCUCAGGAAGUUUGGGAAGUACUACAGAAAAGAGAAGCGGUGUGGAGACAAAAAUCGCGAGCCAAUUGGGUUCGCCUUGGGGGUGCGGGUGGGUGGGUUGAGGAACCUGAAAUGGUAAAGGCGGAGGCAGUGAGGUAUUUUUGUCAGUUAUUUCAGAAUGAUCAGUGGAGUCGUCCAGUGAUGGGUGGGAUUCAGUUUCAUCGAAUUUCAGCUGAACAGAGGGAGUGGCUCGAAAGGCCUUUCUCAAUAGAGGAGAUUGAAGAAGGACUUCAUAGUUGUGAUGGCUCGAAGGCACCCGGUCCGGAUGGGUUUAAUUUUAAUUUCAUAAAGUUUGCGUGGAGUUCUUUGAAAGAUGAUUUCGUGAAUUUUAUGUGUGAAUUUCAUCAACAUGGCAGGUUAGUGAAAGGCUUAAAUUCUUCAUUCCUUGCAUUAAUCCCUAAGAAAUUGAAUCCUCUUCAGUUUAAAGAGUAUAGGCCUAUUAGCUUGUUGGGGUGUUUGUAUAAAUUGUUGGCCAAGGUUCUGGCGAAUCGGCUGAAAAUGGUAAUGUCAGACAUAAUUAGUGAUUCUCAGUCCGCUUUUGUGGGUGGUAGGCAGUUGGUGGAUAGCGUGUUAAUCUUGAAUGAGGUUGUGCAUGAGGUAAAAAGCAGAAAGCAACAAAGCUUUAUGUUUAAAGCUGAUUUUGAGAAAGCUUACGAUUGUGUGGAUUGGGGUUUUCUCGAUUGGAUGAUGGAUAGUAUGGGCUUUGGGGAUAAAUGGAGAAAAUGGAUUCGGGAAUGCCUCUCGACUGCGAGGAUAUCGGUGUUAAUUAAUGGAAGUCCAACGAAGGAAUUCUCGGUUUCCAAAGGCCUUCGUCAAGGUGAUCCUCUAUCUCCUUUUUUGUUUUUAUUGGUUGGAGAAGGUUUGUGUGGACUGGUCAAAAAAGCUGAGUGUGAAGGGAUGUUGAGAGGAGUAGAGAUCGGAAGGGGAGGGGUGGUGUUGUCGCUAUUACAAUUUGCAGAUGACACAGUGUUCAUCGGGACAGCUGAUGCAGAAAAUGUUAGAGUUGUGAAAGCUAUUUUGCUUUGGUUUGAACUGAUUUCUGGGUUAAAGAUAAAUUUUAGCAAAAGUCAUCUGUACGGUUUUAAUAUUUCAGAGGGUUGGUUACAAGGGGCUGCAGAUAUGUUACACUGUGGGGUGGGCAAAGUGCCUUUUAUAUACUUGGGUUUGCCAGUAGGAGGAAAUCCGGGGAGGAAAAGGUGUUGGAAGUCGGUAAUAGAGCGGUUUCAUCAAAAGCUUGCCACUUGGAAAAGCCCAUUACUGUCCUUUGGAGGCCGGAUUACCUUAAUAAACUCGAUUCCAUGGGUUAGUUGGGAGUGUAUGUGUGCGGAGAAGGGGAAGGGGGGUCUAGGAGUGGUUGAUUUAGAGAGAAAGAAUGGGGCUUUGUUGGGGAAAUGGUGGUUUCGUCUGGGUGAUGGUUUAGAUAGCUUAUGGAAGAGGGUGAUUUGGGGAAAAUAUUAUGGGGGUAGGAGGGAGAGGGAUGUCACUUCCGUUGAGUGUUUGAAUAUGUCUCGGAUUUGGAAGGAUAUUGUGUGUUUGGGUAGUAGAUCGGAACAAUAUUCAAAGAUGUUAGUAAGAGGUUUUAAGUGGGAAGUCGGGGAUGGAAGUUGUGUGGAUUUUUGGAGUGACAAAUGGGUGGGGGUUAAUUCUUUGAAAGAGUUAUAUCCUAGGUUGUUUGUGCUGGCUAUAAGGAAGGAAGGGUUGGUGAAGGAUAUGGGUGGUUGGCGUGGAGAUAAUUGGGUUUGGGAUUGUAGGUGGCGGUGUGGAAGUAGAGGGAGGGCAGCAGAAGAGGAACAAAUUUUUCGGUCAAUGCUUAAUGGAUUUACGUUGCGAAAUGGUAGGGAGGAUGUUUGGAAAUGGGUGCAUAGUAGUGAGGGUUGUUAUUCGGUGAAGGCAGCUUAUGAGUUCCUAACACCAAAUUCUUGUUUUGUUGAGGAGAAAUGGGCUAAGGUGAUUUGGAAUAGAUAUGUUCCUUCUAAAGUGAGUGUGUUUGGGUGGAGACUGUUUUUAAAUAGGUUAGCGACGAAGGAGAAUUUAUGUAAGAGAGGAAUUGUGUUGUCAGGGGGCGAUAAGGGAUGCGGGUUGUGUCAGGGGGGGGAGGAGCAUCUUCAUCAUAUUUUCUGUGGGUGUAAAAGGGUAUGGUUAGUAUGGAUGAAGGUUUUGGGGUGGUGGGAGAUUCAGAGUGUUUUACCAAAUGAUGUGUUUAGUUGGGUGGAGUUAGUGGUAUUUGAGAUAAGUGGAGGAGUUUUGAAGGAUUUAGGGGCUCUCAUGUUUUUGGUUACGGCGUGGUUUAUUUGGUAUUGGAGGAAUUUAUAUGUGUUUAGGAAAGAGGGUAUGUCUGAAGAGCAAUUAUUUGAGUCUAUUCAAGCAAAAUCUUUUUUAUGGCUCAAGAACAAGGAACCAGGGUGUGUGUUUUCAUAUACGGAUUGGAUGUUGAGGCCAAGGGAGUGUAGGGAGAAUAUUGUGCAAUAUCGCAAGAAUCUAAAGAGUGCAAGGAAUUUGCAAUGGCGAGCAGACUGGACGAGAGUUGAUCAGGAAGGGUAACGCUGGCUCAAGGGCGUGGGUGGUUUUACUACGGUUUGGAUUUUGAGUGCUGGAAGGUUGUGACACAAGCUGCAGAGACAAUUGUUUGUUGUUGUUCUGUUUCUUUGUCUUCGGUUUCUGCUCUGUUUGCAUGAUGGUUAUAUUUUGAGGUUUUGAAAUUUUUGUGAUAAAGUGCUUUUUUGGAAUUAGUGUAUAUGGGCAGGAGUACCCCUUGUGCUCUAUAUAAUAAGAUUUGUUUUUGCUG